AUGAAUUUCCAAACGUCCACGCAGAAAAAGUCGUGGACGUUUACGUCUCCGAACGAGUUAGCCGAGCGGAGACACGCGCAGAGGAAAAAAGCGUUGGACGUGUUGCUGUCGUCCUCGUCGUUAAAGAAGAAAGAAUGCGUUGAAGAAAAUGAUGAAAAACUAAAGAUGAUGAUGGAAAAAGAAUUCUCCUUCCCGACCGCGAAAGAGGAAGAGAUAUACCGGAAACGAUUGGAGGCGAAAAUAGACCCUUUAUGUUCGGCGUUUAAUUUACCGGUGAAAGUGACGCACAGCGCGACGACGUUGUUCAAGAGAUAUUGUUUAAGCAAUCCAAUCGUGUUGACAAAUUUGAAAAUAGUCAUGGUGGCUUCGGUGUACUUGGCGUGUAAAGUGGAAGAGUCGUACGUGAGCGCGGAGCAAUUAUGUAAAGUGGUGAAAGAUAUCGAUUAUAACAAGGUGUUAAACGCGGAGUUGGCGGUUUUGCAAGGGGUAGAUUUUCAGUUGAUUUCGUUCGGCGCGUUUCGGCCGCUGCGCGGGUUUCGCGCGGAUGCGAUUCAUACCGUGAAUAGCGACGGGAGUGAGGAUGGUAGUAGCAGUAAUAAUAAUAAAGUGGUAGUCGUAGAAAAAAUCAGAGAGUGUUAUACUAAAUCGCAGGAGGAUUUAAAGAAGCAAUUGUUGACGGAUGCGAUGUUUUUGUUCCCUCCCGGACAGUUGGCGUUGUCGGCGUUUUUGAAAGCGGCCAAGGAGGUUGGAUGUAAAGAGUUGGAGGAGUACAUCGUGACGAAAUGUUUACGAAACGAACCGGAUUUGCUGAAGAAUUUAGAUGCGAUUGAAAAAAUGACGAUAGAAGAAGGCGAGGAGCCGGAAGAAGCGGAGGCCAAGAAGGCUGAUCAGGCGAUGAAGGCGUUUCAGAAGAAGAACGCGAAAACGCUCGGCGCCGCUUUGAAGAAACAAGCGAGCAAGGAAAAUUUAGCCGGCGAGGAGCCGGUAGAAGACGACGAGGCGAGGAAGAAAAAGAAACAAAAGGUGAUGGAAGAGGAGAGAGCAAAAGAAGACGCGGCGUUCGAUUGA